AGUCAGUCAGAGAGAGCAGAGCGGACAUGGCGGAGGGUGAGAGAGCUCCGCCGCCGCUCCAGCUCCCCCCGGCCAAACGGCUGUGCUCCCGGAGCUGCCCGCCCCCCCAGCAAUCUCCCCAGCAGCGAGGAGCCGCCGCUCGGCCCCAGUAUCAGCCCGAGUCCCUCCUGGACUGCGCCGCCAAGGCGGUGGCGGAGAAAUGGGCCUUCGAACGGGUGGAGGAGCGGUUCGAGCGGAUACCGGAGCCCGUGCAGCGCCGCAUCGUCUACUGGUCCUUCCCCCGCAACGAGCGAGAGAUCUGCAUGUACUCCUCCUUCCAGUACCGAGGCGAGGAGCCGGGGGCCCCGGCCGGGGGAGCCAUAGGAGGAGCCCUGGGGCCGGGCCAGAGCUCUGCCCUUCCAGGCAUCGGGGGUCCUGGGGCCCCGGGGACAGGCGGAGGCGAGGGGCUGCCCUUCCGUCGGGGGAUAAGACUUCUGGAGAGUGGCUGCGUGGAGAACGUGCUGCAAGUCGGCUUCCACCUCAGCGGCACGGUGACGGAGCCGGCCACGCAGUCCGAGCCAGAAGCCACCUACAAAGUGGCCAUCAGUUUUGACCGCUGUAAAAUCACCUCAGUGACCUGUGGUUGUGGCAACAGGGACAUUUUCUACUGUGCCCACGUGGUGGCGCUCUCCCUCUACCGGAUCCGCAAGCCAGACCAGGUCAAACUGCGUCUUCCCAUCUCAGAGACCCUCUUCCAGAUGAACAGGGACCAGCUGCAGAAGUUCGUGCAGUACCUGAUCACGGCGCACCACACGGAAGUGCUUCCCACCGCCCAGAAGCUGGCCGACGAGAUCCUGUCCUCCAACUCCGAGAUCAACCAAGUGCACGGUGCCCCCGACCCCACGGCCGGAGCAAGCAUCAAUGACGAGAACUGCUGGCAUCUGGACGAGGAGCAGGUCCGGGAGCAGGUGAAGCUCUUCCUGUCUCAGGGCGGAUAUUACAGCUCCGGGAAGCAGCUCAACUCCAUGUUCGCCAAGGUGAGAGAGAUGCUGCGGAUGAGGGAUUCCAAUGGUGCCCGCAUGCUGACCCUGAUUACGGAGCAGUUCAUGGCGGACCCCCGGCUAGUGCUGUGGAGACAGCAGGGGACAGGAAUGACGGAUAAGUGCCGACAGCUAUGGGAUGAGCUUGGGGCGCUGUGGGUCUGUAUCGUCCUGAACCCGCACUGCAAACACGAAGAGAAGGCGUGCUGGCUGCGGCAGCUGAAGAAGUGGAACGAUAUGGACAUGUGUCCGCUGGAGGAUGGAAAUUAUGGCAACGACCUACCUAACAUCACCAACGCCCUUCCUCAGAGCAACGGCCACGAUUCUUUGGUGCGUCCGAGGAGGACGGUGUUCACCCGUGCCAUCGAGGCGUGUGAUCUGCACUGGCAGGACAGCCACCUGCAGAGGAUAAUCAGCAGCGACUUCUAUCUGUCGCCCUCCGGCCAGAGGGAUGGAGAGAGCCUGCUCUUCAACUCCCAGGGACAACCCCUAUGGCUGGAACACGUUCCUACGGCGUGCGCAAGAGUUGAUGCCCUGCGAUCACACGGUUAUCCCAAAGAAGCUUUACGCCUGGCGGUCGCCAUUAUAAGUACAUUGAGACUACAACAGCAGCGGCAGCUGGAGAUCUACAAGCAGCAGAAGAAAGAACUGAUUCAGAGAAACACAACUACAAUCACCAACCUGGAGGGGUGGGUGGGUCACCCGCUGGACCCCAUCGGGUGUCUGUUCACCACCCUGACAGAGGCAUGCCGGGUGGAUGAGGAAAACGCCAUGGAAGGAACAGAAAGCAGCGAGUCCCAGCGCCCAAACUACCAACAUGUGUGUGUGCUGAACGACUCACUGGAGAAUGGAGAGUCCUACCUGUCCCUGGCACUGGAGGUGGCGCUGAUGGGCAUGGGGCAGCAGCGGCUGAUGCCUGAAGGGCUGUACGCACAAGAUAAAGUGUGCCGCAAUGAGGAGCAGAUCAUCGCCCGCCUGCAGGAGCUGGAGCUGGAUGCAGUACUUGUCCAGACCCUGCGCAAACAGUGCAUCCUGCUGCUGGAAGGGGGUCCGUUCAGCGGUCUGGGGGAAGUCAUCCACCGGGAGAGCGUCCCCAUGCACACGUUCGCCAAAUACCUCUUCUCUGCAUUGCUGCCCCACGAUGCGGACCUGGCCUAUAAACUGUCUCUCCGCGCCAUGAGGCUCCCGGUGCUGGAGAGCAGCGCCCCCUCCGGCGAUGUUUCCCACCCUCAUCACAUUGUGUCCGUGGUGCCGAGCCGCUAUCCCCGCUGGUUCACUCUGGGGCACCUGGAGUCGCAGCAGUGUGAACUGGCCUCCACCAUGCUGACUGCCGCCAAAGGUGACAUGCUGCGCCUCCGCACCGUUCUUGAAGCCAUACAGCGGAACAUCCAUUCCUCCUCCCUGAUCUUUAAGCUGGCCCAGGACGCUUUUAAGAUCGCCACGCCGGCUGAUAGCAGCUCGGACACCACGCUGCUCAACGUCGCCUUGGAGCUCGGGCUGCAGGUCAUGAGAAUGACGCUCAGCACCCUGAACUGGAGGCGCAGAGAGAUGGUGCGGUGGCUGGUCACAUGUGCCACGGAAGUUGGUGUCCGCGCUCUUGUGAGCAUUCUCCAGACCUGGUACACCCUCUUCACACCCACUGAGGCCACUAGCAUUGUGGCGGCAGCAGCCACGUCACACAGCACCGUACUGCGUCUGAACCUGGACUAUGCGCAGCGGGAGGAGCUGGCCAGCUGCGCACGGACCUUAGCCCUGCAGUGCGCCAUGAAAGACCCACAGAACUGCGCCCUGUCGGCUCUCACCCUCUGCGAAAAAGACCACACGGCUUUUGAGACGGCCUACCAAAUCGCGGUGGAUGCUGCUUCGGGGGGCAUGACCUACUCCCAGCUCUUCACCAUCGCCCGCUAUAUGGAGCAUCGGGGCUAUCCGCUGCGGGCGUUCAAACUCUGCUCACUUGCCAUGAGCCACCUCAACCUGGCGUACAACCAGGACACGCACCCCGCCAUUAAUGACGUGCUGUGGGCCUGCUCCCUCAGUCACUCACUGGGCAAAAAUGAACUGGCGGCAUUGGUGCCUCUGGUGGUGAAAAGCGUGCACUGCGCCACUGUCUUGUCAGACAUCCUUAGACGAUGCACGCUCACAGCUCCGGGAUUGGCUGGAAUUCCUGGCAGGCGAAAUUCUGGUAAACUCAUGUCGACAGACAAACCCCCCCUGCGCCAGUUGCUGGAUGCAGCGGUUGGCGCCUACAUUAACACCACCCACUCCCGCCUCACACACAUCAGCCCCCGGCACUACGGAGAGUUCAUCGAGUUCCUCAGCAAAGCCCGGGAGACCUUCCUCCUCGGCCAGGACGGAUUGCUCCAGUUCGCUCAGUUUAUAGACAAUUUAAAGCAGAUCUAUAAAGGCAAGAAGAAGCUGAUGAUGCUGGUGAGGGAGAGGUUCGGCUGAGGCUCGUGCCUCCCCAUCUCUUUCCACUGAAGCUUUGAAGAGCUGUCUGCUUCCUUGUCUAUGUGGGCCCUUCAUAUCCAAGGGGCCAAACCUGGACUGUCGCAGCAGGAGCCUUUCAUCACACCUGCCAAACAUUUCAUGAUUCUCUGUGGGAGAGGGGGUGAUGGGGGCACCGGGUCACCAGUUUGGUUCUCGCGGAGAUCGUGUGAAGUUUGCCGCUGCCAUCUUUGGAUGGUGGAGAUCUUGUUCCCUCCACCAGGUGGCGCCGCAGUGCACACAAUAUCCCAUAUAACAGCCGGCGGGAAUGACUUCUGAUUCUGCAUCACUCAGGGUUGACGCGUCUUGGACCACCAGGGAGGCGGCCAGGAACCCAACCAUUAGAUGAAGAAGCAAUCCCUCUAUCCCCGACGUGUACCUGGAACCCCACCCCCAAGGAGCAGGAGGCUGCGGCCCAGUCUGCCUGAGCUCCUAACUGUGGGACUAUAAGUCCCAGCAGUCCAUCGCGGAGUGGCAGCGGGCUCCUGUAGCAUCGCCUGGGGGGGGGGGGGGGGGCAACCAAAUUCUGGGCUUAAAGGCAACUAGACGCAGAUUCAGAAAACGUGUUCCAGUCACAAGGAGUAACAUUGGUGAGAGCGCAGCGCCUGGCGGUGACCACUGGAGGCAGGCCUCUCUGACACUUGGUGGUCAGUGGUGGUCCUGCUGUCCUCAGCGAGGUCGGAGCCCUGAGAUUAGCUUUAGGGUAUACAUAUAUAAUCAGUGGUGUUAGACCCGGGACUGCGGCAAUCGUCGGGUCGCGUGUUCUGACACUAGAUUUACUAAUCUGAAAACUGAGGGGAUGCGCCAAAUUUAUCUUACUUCUUUCCACGCUUUCCUCUUCCUCGCGCUGCUGGAGCCGCUAUUGGGAGCCUGAAAACUGCCGCCUGCCAUUAAGAAAUCUGAUGCAAAAAGUGUCAGGCGCUUAAUGAAUGUUACGCAUGGCAUGUGACCAGAAUUUUGGUGCAUGUAUAUUGGUAAAUAUUUGUCUUUGUUUCUACCCUUUUCAGGAUCUCUGCUUGCUGUCAGUGAAUGAGAAAAUUCAUGUUUAGAAUCCAGAGCCUAUAAACCCACACAGACCUAAUAGUCCUUACAGCUGAGGGUUUGUUACACUUGUAUUCAGUCAAGGCAACGCUCUGUGGGUUAACGAGACGUUUUACCUGUACUGAUACACUGUAACAAUCCUUAAGCUGU